AUGGCUACCAGCGAGCGCAUUGAAAGACAACAUCUUUUACCGGGCUUUAGCCCUUGCACAAAGACUCUACCUAGAGGUUCGAUUCAGAAGGAAGGUCAUUUGCCGCUUCCGUGUGAUAUUCUUCUCGAACAAGAUGUUGAGAUUCUCAUGCGAGACGGCGCCCGUCUUUAUGCCGACGUUUACCGACCUCCGAAAGCCCAGCCAGGAUCCAUUCCCACUGUGUUCGCGUUUACUCCUUUUGGGAAACAGGGAGGUCCCAAUCGCCAUAAUUUCGAUAGGAGAGAAUGGCGCUGUGGGGUACCAAGAAAGGUCGUCUCAAGCCUGGAGGUCUUCGAGAGACCUGAUCCUGCAUACUGGUGUUUCCAUGGGUAUGCUAUUGUUGCUGUUGAUAUGAGAGGGACGUGGAACUCCGAUGGCAAUGCUGUUUUACCUUGCGCCGAGCAAGGACAAGAUGGAUACGAUGUCGUGGAAUGGAUUGCUUCAAGGGAUUGGUCAAAUGGACGCGUGACAAUGUCCGGUAAUAGCUUUCUUGCUGCAACUCAAUGGUUUGUGGGAGCUGAACAACCACCUCAUUUGACAUGCCUUGCACCAUGGGAAGGGUUCAACGACGUAUAUAACGACCAAGUCUGCCGCGGUAGAAUCCCCGAUGCCGGCUUUGCAAGUGGCUUGUUUUUAGGAGACUUGAGCGGGAAGAACAAGGUUGAAGAUGUGUUGACAACAACCGAGGAGAACCCGCUCUGUAAUGCCUACUGGGCAAGUCGACAGCCAAAGUGGGAAAACAUCAAAGUUCCACUCUAUGUCGUGGCUAGCUGGACCAAUCCAUUGCAUACUCGUGGCAAAUUGAAAGCGUUUGAGAAGAGUAGCAGCGAGUAUAAAUGGCUUCGGGUUCACAACUCUCAUGAAUGGCCUGAUCUCUAUCAGCAGCAAAAUGUCGAGGAUUUACGGAGUUUCUAUGAUUUCUUCAUGAAGGAUGUUAACAAUGAUUGGAUCUACACACUACGAGUCCGCCUAAGCGUUCUCAACGCAGGAGGCCACGAUAUUGUGAAUCGCUCUGAAGUCGGCUACCCACUUGCCCGUCAAGAGGCGGACUCCAUGUCUUUGCAAGAAUCUUCAAAAAUCCAGAUCUUCGUCCAGGCAGAAGGUUCCAAUGGCAUGGAUAUCUUUGCAACACUGAAGAAGUACAAUUCCGAAGGCGAGCUUCAGAAAUCUCCCAUGAUUGAUGUUGGUUGGUUAGCCGACGAUCCUGAAAAGGAGCGAAAACUCCUGGUCUCUAUGAACAAGCAAAACAAGGAUUUCUGUGCGAGCUAUUUUAGCCCUGGCCCCUCUGGCUGUCUUCGUGUAUCACACCAAGCCUUGGAUUUAGGGAAAAACACUGAGUUUCAGCCUGUCUACACCCAUGCUAAGGAGGAGCUUCUUGGUCAUGGCGAGGUAGUAGCUGCUGAUAUAGAAGUGUGGCCAUACGGGUGGCGUUUUGAAGCCGGGGAAAUCCUUCGUCUUUCUUUGUCUUAA